AUGUCCAUUGAAGAAACAAACAGAACCGCCAGCUCACUCACUGAAGAGAAAAUCGCCACACAACCAACAACCGCCGGUUCUGAAUUGGAUAAUGAAGCUUCUAAAAAUGGGGAAGUUGAUGAUGAUGCUGCUAAACUACGAGAAUUACAUGCUGAUUUAGCUAAACAAGAAAGUGAAACUCAAGAGGAAAAAUCAGAUAUUGAUGCUCGUUCAAUUUAUGUUGGUAAUGUUGAUUAUGAUUCAAGUCCCGAAGAAUUACAAAAACAUUUCCAAUCUGUUGGUGUUAUAAAUAGAGUUACCAUCUUGUUGAAUAAAUUCACUGGUCAACCAAAAGGUUUUGCCUAUAUCGAAUUUGCUGAACCAUCUUCAGUUGUCAAUUCAUUAGUUUUAAACGAUUCUGUUUUCAGAGGUAGAAAUUUAAAAGUUAAUCCAAAGAGAACAAACAUUCCAGGUUUCAGUCGUGGUAGAGGUAGAGGUAGAGGUAGAGGUGGAUUCAGAGGUAGAGGUGCUUUCAGAGGUAGAGGUAGAUUCCAACCAUAUUGA